AUGGAGCGCGGCGCAUUAAUGCGCCGUUUGAUGUCUGAUAGCGAGUCAUUCUCCGAGCGUGAGCCCAAUGUGUUCGAUGAGGAGUCAUCGGAUGGUCUCUUUGACUCCGAUGGUGAAGCGGCAGGCCCCGAUGCCGAGGACGGAAGUGAUACCGAUGUUGAGAUACUCGGUGAAGGGCCCAGCUCCGUUCCUACACACGGCAUCGGAAAGGGGCUAAUGACUGCACCGGUACCGUUGGCUAUUGUCUAUAGCGACGGCCGCACGUUAGUCAAGCCCAGCCUGGGAGGCGAGAGCUAG